UUAAACAUGUGACAUGUCUCCAACAAGAGAAAGGAGACAUGAUUGACAGAAAAAUCAGAUUUAGUAUUUUGACAAUUUUCGGUAUAAGUUGGACUGAGAGUUAACCAUUUCAUGUUUCAAGCAGUUGGUUUUCAAACGGUUAUGUGUGUGUAAGAAGCAAUUAUCUUUUUAGUAAACAAAAAUCAGUAGGAUACGCACGGGUUUCGGAAGUGAACAGUUUCGCAUUGUGCCGGAAGUGAAAUUCGGGACCUUGGAGUUUCUACACCUUAAGUGCGUAUUACGAACUUAAAAAACUUUCGAAGUUGUGGCAACAGGAGCAGGGAAUCAAGAAAAGGAGCAGGGAAUCAAGAAAAGGAGCAGGAAAGCAGAGCGCUCGAAUCGACGAACAAUCUUUGCAAAGAUUAAGGAAUACUAUGGUUGGACAUACUAAGAAAAAAGACGCCACCGGUAAUCAUCAAAUGAAUGGAGGAUCUACACAACAUAGAAGCAAAAAACAAAAUGAUACACAAAAGAAAGAAAAGGAAAAAAAAGAAAGGGAAAGCUUGGUGUUGUGGCGGAAACCACUAACCACUGCAGAAUAUUUUUUUCGAGAAUGUACUGAGUUAGCUUCUUUAUAUGGCAAAAAAUUUUUAGCAAAUAAAAUAAUCUUGGGAGUAAUUUCAAUUGUAGUAGUAUUUUUGUACAUAUUAAUAAAUUCCAAAGGACCACACCAGUCUUUAGUACAAGGAAUGUAUAAAAAAGUUUUAUGGUGUUUAUAUUGGGUAGGAUUAGGGAUUUUAUCUUCAGUAGGUUUAGGUACCGGACUUCAUACGUUUUUGCUAUAUCUUGGACCUCAUAUAGCUCAGGUGACAUUAGCAGCUUAUGAAUGCGGUAGCUUAGACUUUCCGGAACCGCCUUAUCCAGAUGAGAUAAUUUGCCCCAAUAAUGGAAAAAUGGCAUCAAUCACUUUUCUUAGUAUAAUGUCCAAAGUUCGAUUGGAAGCGAUGUGUUGGGGAGCAGGAACUGCUUUGGGAGAAUUACCCCCAUAUUUCAUGGCAAGAGCGGCAAGGCUUUCUGGAAUAGAUCCUGAUGAUGAUGAUGAAGACCUUAAGGCAUUUGAGGAAUUGGAAAAGAAACGGAAAAAUAAUAGAGAUGAAUUAACUUUGAUGGAAAAAGGAAAAUUGUUCAUUGAAGAAAUAGUGCAAAAAGUAGGAUUUCUGGGGAUAUUAGCGUGUGCUAGUAUUCCAAAUCCCCUGUUCGAUUUGGCUGGUAUAACUUGCGGACAUUUCUUAGUACCAUUCUGGACAUUCUUCGGAGCUACCCUUAUAGGAAAAGCUGUGAUAAAGAUGCACAUCCAAAAAAUGUUUGUGAUAAUAGCAUUCAACGAAACCUUGAUAGAAACAGCCUUAGAUUGGCUCAAAUUAGUUCCUUUUGUAGGAACAAAGUUACAAGUACCAUUUAAGGCCUUUUUAGAUGGUCAAAAACAAAAAUUACAUAAAAACUCAGCCAAAAAUAUUUCAGAAGGUGGCGGCAACGUAUUAGGCUCUAUUUUUGAAAAAUUUGUCAUUGCAAUGGUAUUAUAUUUUGUUAUUUCUAUAGUGAAUUCAUUCGCGCAAUCUUAUCAUAAAAGAAUACACAAAAAAAAGAAUAUUAAAGCUAGUAAAAAUUGAAUAUAUAAAAGUUAAUGAUCAUGAAACGUUAUUAAAAAAGUCAAAACAUUUGUAUUGGUAAUGGUGAUUAUUUUCAAAUUUUAUGUUCAUUAUGUUUAAAUUGAUAUAGAAACAGGUGAUCUUAAAAAAUAUCAAUAAAUAUAAAAUAAAAACAUUAACCCAAAAUCUAUAAAAGGUCUACUCAAAUUUCAAACGAAUUGGCUUCUCACUAGCUGGCAAAAAUUAAUAAAUCAUAGAUAAAAGUUUUGUUUUUAAUGUUAAAACUCUUUAAUUAAAACAUUCAUAUUUAAGUAUGACUUGAGACAUUAAAUGGACAAAUCCUUAUAUUAUUUAUGAUUUCACCCUGAACUUUAUAUUAAUAAUUCCAUUUGUAUCUUUAUAAUUUGAAAUGCAGAAUUUUUCAAAAUUAAAUUUGGUUAAUAAACAAUCUAGAAAU